AUGAUGAACCUGAGCCUUCUGCUGGCAUCUCUUGCGACUCUGUUUUCGCUGUCUUCGGGUCAGGAAGAUGGUACCUUUCGUGAGGAGUAUGCAGAGUAUGCCACGACGCUGAGGGAAGAUCUUCUCCGCCGCUACGACUCCGCCGUGCCUCCACGCAGCCGGCGUGACGUGAACUACAGCAAGGCGGGGACCGAUGUCGCUAUGGAGAUUCGCAUGUUCAAGGUCGAGGGCGUGGAUUCCUCGCGCGGGCAGAUGCGCCUGAAGGUCUGGGUGCGGCUGGCUUGGACGGACUUGCGGCUCAGCUGGGACCCGGCUGCCUACGGCAACAUUACACAGAUCAACUUCCGUAGUCUGCCGCCUACACAGGGGACAGAAAUCUGGACACCAGAUGUACAGCUCUACAAUGCCAACGUUGGCAAUGCAGCCACCCUGGACAACUCGCUGGCCACGGCAUACUCGGACGGCUCGAUUUUUUGGAGCCGCCCUGGGAUACUGGACACGCUCUGCAAGUUCAGUGGGCUGGUCGCCUUUCCCUUCGACAGCCUCUCCUGUUCCAUGGAGUGGGGGGGCUGGAGUUGGUCCGGCGGAUUUCAGGGGAUUCUGCUCCGGGGAGCAGGGUAUUCGGAAUCCACUCAAGAAGACACUGCCGGGUCUUCAUACCAGGAGUACAGUAUUGCUGAGGUCAGUGUCGACUUGAAAACCAAUUUCUACGACACAUUUCCCAGCGAACCUUGGACACUGGUGAAGUAUACGGUGAAACUUGGCCGUGCAUCUUUUUACUACACAUUGCUGAUCAUUCUGCCAACCCUUAUGCUUACCUACCUCUCCUUCGGCGUGUUCUUCAUGUCCCACGAGGUGGGAGAGCGGCUCUCCUUCGGCAUCACACUGGUAUUGGUGAUCGAGGUGAUGAAAACGACGGCGGCCUCCUUCGUGCCAGUCUGCGGCGAGCUGCUUUGGAUCGACCUCUUCAUGCUGGUUAGUACGGUGUUUUGCUGCGCAAGCUUGCUGGAAACCAUGGCCAUCCUCUUCUUGGCCUUUCAUGUGGAGAAGCACGUCCUCCCAAGUUGGCUUGCUUGGAUGGCGCCUUGGUUCCUGUGCCGAUCUGACUCGGAUAUCAUGGUAGAGUCAAAGGCAGGCAGAAUCUAUCGCCAGCUGAACCGGGAGAACUCGAACAGGCUCCACGAGAAACAAGCCAGCUUCCAGAAAGGCGCCAAGAUGGAG